UCAAAGACAUGAGGCCUUUGUCUCUUGUCGAAGGUGACGCCUUCAUUGAUAUGGUCGAAUACGCCUGCCCGGGCUUCAAAUGUCCAUCCAGGUGGUGGUUCACAAACAAGUUGGAAAAGACAUAUGAAGAUACUCUUGAUGACAUAAAGAAGAACAUAAAGAAGAGGUCCUCAAAAAUCACACUCACCACUGAUGCCUGGACAAGCAUUGCUACAGAGGCCUACCUUGGAGUGACCUGCCAUUACAUCAACGACAACUGGGAGAUGGUCUCAUUUGUCUUGUGUACAAAGCCCCUCAAAGAUCGACACACAGCGAAGAGGUCGCUGAGAAGUUCAAUUUCUCUCUCCGUAAUGACGUCCAGGCAGUUGUCCACGACAAUGCAGCCAAUGUGGUGAAAGUCUUACGGAUCCUUGAAGAGAGGCAUGGUGUUGCUUCACUUCGGUGUGCUGGCCAUACAACACAGUUGAUAGUCAACCAUGCUCUGAAAGAUCCCCAGAUCAGCAGGGCACUUGGGGCAGCAAGGGAGCUUGUCAGCUACUUCCACAGUAGCGAUGUCGCCCUCCUUAAAUUAAAGGCCAAACAAGAACAGAUGGGCACACCUCAACACAAAUUAACCCAGGAUAUACAGUAGCAGUGCGAUGGAAUAGUUCCUACUAUAUGAUUACACGCCUCCUUGAGCAGCGGUGGCCUGAAACUGCAACCCUCUCAGACCCAGAAGUCACCAAGGCAUCAAAACGUUACCUAGAUAUGAAAGCUGACCAGUGGCGCCUCCUGGAGGAAUUACAAAAAGCACUGGAGCCAUUCGAGCAAGCCACGGUCUUCCUGAGUAGAGAAGCAUAUGUCACAGGAUCUGUCCUGCCUCCGCUGGUGAAAGGCCUACAGAAGUCCACAGAGACAGUCUUCGAAUCUCCUCCCAUUACCACCUUCCAAACAACAGCUGCUGCACAGAUUGCUUCAAGAUGGCAGAGUGAGACUUCGUACAGUGAAAAUGGGAACAAUGUGAGCAUCCUCGCUGCAGCCCUUGAUCCAAGAUUCCGAAAACUCAAGUUCUUAUCCACAGACGAUGUCCUGAAGGUAAAAAUUAAACUUCAUAGCCUUUCACUUGAAGCAAAAACAGUUCAAGUGAGGGAAGAACCUGAAGAUGUCUCCCACAAGCGAGAUGACUCCAGGCAAAAGCCAAAGUCUGUCCUGUUUGGCUCAGAUGAUGACGAAGAACAGGAAGAUGAAGACCCAGGCAGAGACCAGUGGGAAGCCACAGUCAGGAAUGAGGUGCUUGUGUACUUUGGGGAGAAACCCAUUCCAAAGGACAGAAACCAGCUCCAGUGGUGGAAGGAAAAUGAAACGAGAUUCCCUGCCCUGGCUGCUGUGGCAAAAUCCUAUCUGGGUGCACCUGCUACAUCCACACCCUCUGAACGUUUGUUCUCAGCAGCAGGGACAAUUGUAAGCAAAAAAAGAGCAAGCCUCACUAAAGACCAUGUGGACAUGCUCACAUUCCUCCACAGCAAUUCAGAGUAGGUAAUGUAGAGGAGGAGUGAAGUGUGAUGAGGGAGGAAAAAAGUGGAGAAAUAAACAGUGCUAUAUUGCACACAGUAACAGAAGUUCUAUUUCAUUUUGCAAUAAACUUUAUUUUGGGACUAGGGAAUUGUUAAACUAACACAAAGGAAUUUGUACUGUGAACUGCACAGUGUUUGUUUUUGCACUGCAUUUUUUUGAGAUUGUUUAUACGAGAGAUUUAUUUUCAGGCUUUCAAACAGUGUUCUUCCUUAAAAACUGUAAAACAG